AUGCCCUCGUCUCCGCUAUCCAGCAAGACCUUGAUGAUAAAAACGGAUACCACUGCCGCGUUAUCGUCGCGCAAGAGCCGCCUCAAGUACGACUUUCCCAUCGAAACGCUCAUAGCUCUCUCGCACUUUCGCCAAGACGAAGCGGCCAAGAUACUUGGUGUUGCAUCGAUCACGCUCAAGCGCAACUGCCAGCGACACAACUAUCGCUGGCCGUACCGCACAAUCAAGGCCAAGCGCCGCCGUGAAGCUCAUCUCGCCGCCAAAAACCUUUCUGACGACAAAAUCGUCCGUCAAACGUCGUCGCCGGCUCCAGAGAUACUGCUUUCCCUACGAAACGUGGCGAUACAUCGUAGCCACCUACCGAUGGCUGUCAAUGGAAAAGCAGCUGCUACUAUCAAUCGAGCCUUUUCCAGCUCUAUGGUGCCCUUUCCGACAACAAAAGUUGUGCGGGCGUGCCAACCCAUGACAUCCGACCGACCCCCUCAACUUCCACCAUUGAGCGUGCUAUUGCAGAACCUACAGCAGCGGUCUCUUCCUGCCACGCCACCCCGUCUUCAAACGGUAAUUGAAUACGUGCACCAUCACCCGGUCGAGCACAAAAACUCUUCAUACAGUGCGUCGUUCCACCCAACCGCUCCGAAAUUUCCGCUGCGCAACUUGUCUGCUUUAGCGGACCACUGCUGA